AUGCCGCUGCUGGCCUCAACCUCAAUCGCCGCUGCGGCGCAUGCGUUACCGGUCACGUUGGCUCUGUCGGGCAUUUUUGGUAGCAUCAGCUUGACCUCUUGGAUAUGCCUCCUCCUACCCCAAUUGUUCGCCAAUUACAAGGCCAAGAGCGCCGAUGGCCUCAGCAUGGCCUUUCUGGUCGUCUGGCUCUUGGGCGACAUCACAAACCUCAUCGGAGCCUUGUUCACCCACCUAGCUCCCACUGCAAUUGCCCUAGCAGGAUACUUCUGCAUUGCCGAUAUUGUCCUCAUCGGCCAGGCCGUCUACUACAAUGCCCUUAAUGCCCGCCGAGCGAGUCGCGCCGGGGAACGUCGAUCAAGCGGUCCUACAGAAGAGUCUCCUCUGAUCAACGGGUCCCGUAGACGAAGCUCUUCUUUUGGCCUUCCUGGGUCUCAGCGCCGCCAUGCGACACAUACCGAGUCCUCGAUGGACCCAUUGAGGAAGAUUGUGACGGGCGAAGACGAAACCCCCGAUAGUAAGCCUUGGCUUCACAACACCCUGAGCCUGCUCGCUGUAUACGUCAUUGGGUUCGCUGGCUGGUUUGUCUCGUACAAGGUCGGCGCUUGGGAGAGUGGUGACCCUGGAACCCCCGAUGCGCCUGAUGAGGCCCAGAGCCCAAUGGAGCUUGCUGGGCUUAUUCUGGGUUACAUCAGCGCAGCGCUCUAUCUCUGUGCUCGAAUUCCCCAAAUCAUCAAGAACCACCGGGAAAAGUCAUGCGAAGGCCUCGCAUUGCUUUUCUUCAUGCUCUCAAUGAGCGGAAACCUCACCUACGGCAUCAGCCUGGUAGCUUACUCGCAAGACAAGAAGUACUUGCUGAACGCGCUCCCUUGGUUGCUUGGCUCUCUGGGCACCAUUGCUGAGGAUCUCAUCAUCUUCGUCCAGUUCCGAAUUUACUCCAACGAUGAACGAGAGAGUGCAAUUGAGCCUUAG